UGGGAUGGCGUGCUUCCCAACCAGAACACUAGCCCCUUGGAUCAGUAUACGUGGCACGCUAUGGCAAUUACUGCCUACAGAGGGAGCUGUGUUAUGGGGCGGAGGUAACGCUUGCACUUCUUCGAUGAAGAGGAGCUAGCGUCUGAAAAAACUCAAGGCGACAGGUCAGAUUUUUGUCAGUUAGAAUUCUAGGAAACUGCAGUGGCACCAGGAGUACCAGACUCAGAGCGUGACAUGGGGCAGAAUGAUCUGAUGAGCAAUGCGGAGGACGUGGCAGACCAGUUCCUGAGAGUGACCAAACAAUACCUUCCUCACGUGGCACGCCUGUGUCUGAUCAGCACCUUCCUGGAGGACGGCAUUCGCAUGUGGUUCCAGUGGAAUGAGCAGCGGGACUACAUUGAGGCCACCUGGAGCUGUGGCUACUUUCUGGCUGCCUGCUUCGUGUUACUGAACCUGCUAGGACAGCUAGGUGGCUGUGUCCUUAUCCUCAGUAGGAAUUUUGUCCAGUAUGCUUGCUUUGCAUUAUUUGGAAUCCUUUCUUUACAGACUAUUGCCUACAGCAUUUUAUGGGAUCUUAAAUUCUUGAUGAGGAACCUGGCCCUGGGCGGGGGGCUCCUGCUGUUGCUAGCCGAGUCGCGUGGGGAGGGGAAGAGCAUGUUUGCUGGGGUGCCGUCAAUGGGAGAGCACUCGCCCAAGCAGUACAUGCAGCUGGGCGGACGGGUUCUCCUGGUGCUCAUGUUCAUGACCCUGCUGCACUUUGACCCCAGCUUCAUCUCUAUUCUGCAGAACCUGGUGGGCACAGCUCUGAUCGUGCUGGUGGCAAUCGGCUUCAAGACCAAGCUGGCCGCCCUCACCCUGGUGUUGUGGCUGUUUGCCGUCAACGUAUACUUCAAUGCCUUCUGGAUGGUGCCCGCCUACAAGCCCAUGCACGACUUCCUCAAGUACGACUUCUUCCAGACCAUGUCGGUGAUCGGUGGGCUGCUACUGAUUGUGGCUCUGGGGCCCGGUGGGGUGUCCAUGGACGAAAAGAAGAAGUUGUGGUGAGACUCGACCCAAGUUACCAGGACCGACAGGACAGGGACCCCCCCCCCACCUUACCGAACAUGGCCUAAGCAGUACGCACCUCUACCCCCCUCCCCUCAGCACUGUCUCAUUCUCAGUCUGUCUGUCUCACUCUCCCUUGCUAACUUUUCUGUGACUGUCCUCCACAGGCACCUCUACAAAUGGUUUGCAGUCUUUAUUUUGCUACUGUAGCUCGUCGUGACAUGGCCAUCUCUCGAUUUGGGGAUAUCCAAUACAUCACUAAUGUCUUUUGUCUUUUAAAACAAAUAUAUAUUUUAGUGACCAAUUUUCAAGGUAUUGUCUUUAAUGGUGUAUUUGUACAAUUUAUAUACUGUAAUUCUUUCAUGCUUCUUUUGCAAUUUUUUGGUGCGCAUCUUUUGUCUAUGCUUUCAAUAAUGCCAGCCCUUAACUAAAGACACAACCCACUGUUUUAGAGGACAAGUUUUACACUCUUGUGUGUAAAUGAUGGUAGCUGCUUUUGUGCUGAUUUGAGUUAGCACAGAAUAGAUACAUUACUAUAUUUAUGGUUAGGUAGGUUUCUAUGAAGGGGCAAAUGCAGUACUUUCUAUCAAAUAUUUUAAGUUAGGAUGAACAAGGGAUAAAAAAGUACCUUUUGGCUAGUUGCAUAAUUUGACAGUUCAAUGAACUGGGGCGGCAGGUAGCCUAGUGGUUAGAGCGUUGAGCCAGUAAUCAAAAGGUUGCUAGAUCGAAUCCCCGAGCUGACAAGGUAAAAAUCUGUUGUUCUGCCCCUGAACAAGGCAGUUACCCCGCUCUUCCUAGGCCGUCAUUGUAAAUAAGAAUUGGUUCUUAACUGACUUGCCUAGUUAAAAUAAAAAGCAUGUUAGCUGCUUUUUACUGUAUUUGUCCACUUUCUGAGUUUCUCUGUGCCUUUUCAAAUGCCUUGUAGAAUCCCAUGAACACCUUAAGCCAUUUAAUGUACAGACACUUUCACAUGAGGGGAUUUCAAUUCUGUUCUUUAUUUAAAUUUUGUCACUAUGAGUCUUCAUAGCAUGUUAAACUAUUCCAUAUGACAAAUGUGAGUGCUGUCAAUUGAGUCCAAAGUUUACAAUUGGUUAAUUAUAGUAUUCUAUGUCAUCCAGCACAACAGGGCCAUUUAGCUUUAAAGCCCUCUAUCAUUGGUCUCACUCAGUGUUUUUCCAUUUAUUAAAGUAUGAGAAAAAUAAUGAUUUUCUAUUUGUUUUUGAAUAUUUAUAAAUCAUAAACAAAAGCAUAAA